AUGGCUAAAGUGACCAAAACAUACAAGUUUCCUGAAACAUUCAAUAAUCUACCGAAUUCAUUGACAGAUUAUAAUACUCCGAAACCAGAGUCUAUCAUAGAUGAUCAAAUUAUAACAAUACCCAAUUUUUUUUCCAAGGCAUUAUGUAAUGAAUUAAUGAAAUCAUUUGAAUCACAAUUAAAUUUACAAACAACUCCAUUAAUUAAAAGUAAAGAAUAUGCAGCUAGAUAUAAUGAUAGAGCUCAUACACAAGAUUUAAUUUCUGCUGAUAUACUAUGGAAAUACCUACAAAAGAUAUUAUUAUCAAAUCCAUAUAAUAAUCCAGAUCUCGCAGAAAUUUCAAAUCAUUUCAAAAAUGCCGUGGGGUUAAAUCCAAAUUUAAGAAUUUAUAGAUAUUUACAAGGUCAUCAUUUUGGACCUCAUUAUGAUGAAUCAGUAAUUUGUGAUAUCCCACCAUCAGGUAAAGAGAAAGGUGAAACUCAAUGGACUUUAUUAAUUUAUUUAACUGGUGGUGAUGAUUUCAAAGGUGGUGGUACUAUUUUUUAUGAGGGUAAACAAAAACUAAAUAUUCAUCCAACUAAAGAUAUCAUUUUCAAACGAAUCCAGGAAGGGUUACAAGACUUCAACUACCAUUACGAAAGAUAUGAAAGUCUAACGAAUACAGAAGAUGAUUCAGAUAAUCAAAGAGAAAAAGAAAAGCUAUCGAAUGACCUUAAGAAAGAAAUCAAAAAGCUUCAAAAAUAUCGUGAACAAAUCAAACAUUGGUUACUGAAUGAUGCAGUAAAUACUUUGGGCCCUGUGGGGACAUCCUACGGUUCAAAGUUAACAGAAAAUAAAAACACAAUUGAAGUUGCAAUGGAAACUUAUAAAUCAGUUGAAAAACAAACCAAACUAAAAACUUUUUCAAAUCAAUCAAUCAUGAUGACUUUUAUCGAUAGUAUAAAUGGAGAUGACGAUGAUGAAGGAAGUGAUGAUGAUGAUGAUUCAGAUGAAGAAAAUGAAAAUGAUUAUGAAGAUUUAUCAGAAGAAACUGUUGAUUCCAUAAUAUUUUUCAAAAAUGCAAUAAGUCAAUUAAGAGAUCAAACUGAUAAAUAUGCACAUGAAUUUGAAAAAUUGGCAACAAAGAAACUAAGAAAAAACAACUUAUCAACCAUUGAAGCUAAAAAGGAAAAAAUUUCAUCAACUAUAGCUAACAAUAAGUUUCAUCAAAAAAAAUUACGUAAACUAAUAAGAUCUUUAAAAAAUGGUAUAGUCACUGAAUUUAAUCUUAUAUUUGCAUUAAAGGGAGAUUUAGAAGAAUAUUUGAAUUCAAAUGGUGAUUAUGAUUUUACAAAAGAUACUGAUCUAUAUGAUGAUAUUUUUAAUCAAAUUGCAGCAGAUGAAGAUUUUUCAGAAGUAUAUGAAGAAAACACUGCACCAACAGAUGUUAGUAGUAAUGGAGAUAUAAAUGGUAAACAAAAUCUGCCGUCACCUUCACCAGUGAAACAAGAAAUUUCAAAAGAAGUAGAAUCACCACCACCACCACUACCACAACAACAAACAGUAUCACAACCAGUACCUCAACCACAAUCACAAUCACAAUCACAACCACCACCGCCACCGCAGCAACAACCACAACAGAGUCCUGAAAUGGCUUCUCCCGCAAUUGUUAGAACCUUAAAACCAGCUACAACUCCAUCUAAACCAGUUGGAGGAUUAAAAUGGUCUGCGGCAGCAGCAGCAGGAAUUCAAGAAGCAUUAGAAAAAGAAGAACCAAUUGAAGAAUUAAAAGAAGAUAUAAUACCUUUUAAACCAUUAGAAUUAGAGAACAUUGACUUAUAUAAAUAUAAAAAAAUUAUUUCAAAUUCACCAUUAUCCAAAACAGAACUUAAUUUAUUUUCAGAUAUGAAUUUAGUAAGAGUACCACCUGGGAUUCAAGAUUUGGUAAUAUCAUUUGCAUCAAAAAGAAAUAAUGAUGAAUUCAAAAUACUUGUUGAAUCUGAUAAUUUUAAUCAAUACACUUCACCAAUUUAUAAACCAUAUUUACCAAAAAUUGUUCAACCAAAUUAUUAUUCACAAUUUACAAAUUUCAGUUUUAAACAUCCAAUGCAAUUAACAAAAUUUCAAUUACAUUGGAAUAAAAUACGAGCACAUUAUGGUUUUGAAAUAUUAACAAAUGAAAUUAAAAAUUUAAUUGCUCAAGAUGAUAAUUCAACAUUAAUAACGGAAUUAACAUUUGUUUUAUUUUAUGGUUUUUAUUAUGGUUUAACACCAGCUGAAAAUUUAAUUGCUGAAAAUUGUUUAUUUGAAUUAGGUUGGAAACCAUAUAAAACUCAAUUAGAUAAUGUAAAUGAUUCUGAUAAUCAAUAUUCUUACUGGUUUAGAAGAUUGAAAUUAAUUAAUGAACGUACAGAACAAAAUAAUUUUGAAUUUGGUGAUUAUCAAGUAUUUGAUUUAAAUUUUUGGGAAAUUUUUAUUAAAUAUGGAUUUAAAUUUGAUUUUAAUUUAUGUCAAAUAGAACCAUCUAAAUCUUUAUUUUAA